GUUAAUUUCCAAUGAGAGACCUCAGCCAUGCUGAUGUGCCCAAUUGACACAAUCUGUCAACUACAGAAAAAUAGUGACACCUUGUGGUGCAUAGCAGACAGUACAUAUUACACCUUGUCGUGGUGGUACUCAAAUAAAAUUGAACAUAACUAACUGUUGAUUAUGUAGGGUCAAUUGAACACAAAUAUGUAAAAUGCAUACUCCAACCAUAAGAAAUACAGAACCUUUGUCUUUAUCCUUUCAUGAACACAUUUUCUAAUUAUAAUCCAAUGGGCCUCACUUAUAUGUACAUUUUUGUCAUCACUUACAGCUGAAUAUAAGAGUUUUCGCUCCUCAGGCAAAUGCAUUUACAGUCACAAUAAUACUGUAAUACCGCUUCAAAUGUAAUUUAAAUAGACUGUACACACUGUUUUCAAUAAUUCUGAGUGAUUCUAGAUUAUGUUGCUUUGUGAGAGAGAGAGAGAGAGAGAGAGAGAGAGAGAGAGAGAGAGAGAGAAAUUAACAAUGGAAACAUAAUAAAUCGAUUUAAAUGGCAUUUAUCCUAUUUACCAUAGUGUUGUGAUUUUAAGUGCUUUUUCCUAUGUGUGAUAAAAGCUUAUAUUCAUGCAUCACAAAAUACUACAAACAGAAGUUGUUUUUUUUUUUUUUUUUUUAAACUGGUUAAUUUAAGGCAAAAAUAGCCUGUUAAAUAGUACAGUAUGUACGCUGUCUGCUCUACAACGCAUUCAAUGUAGUAUAUCCUUUAUUGUUGUGGACAGCAUGUGUUUAAUAUAAUAUAAUCUUUUGUGUUGCUUGAAGUGAAAAUGUGCAAGCCCAGUUAAUCUCAUUAGAACGCAUUCAAUGUAGUAUAUCCUUCAUUGUUGUGGACAGCAUGUGUUUAAUAUAAUAUAAUCUUUUGUGUUGCUUGAAGUGAAAAUGUGCAAGCCCAGUUAAUCUCAUUAGAACCAUGCACUGUAACAGGUUUCACAUUCUCAGACUUCUGUAAUGAUAGCGGGAAAUAUAUAUGAGAUUAUUAAAUUGCACAAUAUUUAUUAAGUGGCUCAAGAUCAUUGUGAUUGAUUACAUAAUUUCAACCCUUUUUUUGUUUUCAUUUUUAUAGGCGUCAGUCGUUUAUUCAAGCAAGGGCUUAAGUCUGAAGUACAACUCUCCUGGACUUUACAGGCAAACUUAAAGAUGGAGAAUUCUACUGCAGGACCUACGGAAGACCUCAGAGUCUCAGUAAACUGCACUAGCUCUGGAAUGCAUAAUUACAUCUUUACUAUGAUCCCAAUUGUUUAUAGUUUCAUAUUUGUUGUUGGUGUUUUGGGGAACAGCAUGGUUGUGGCUGUAAUUUACUCCUACGUGAAAAUUAAAACAGUGGCUAAUGUAUUCAUGCUGAACCUGGCACUGGCUGACCUCACCUUUCUAAUCACGUUACCACUGUGGGCUGCUUACACAGCACUGGGCUAUAAUUGGCAUUUUGGAGGAUUCCUAUGCAAACUGAGCACUGGUUUGGUAACCUUCAAUCUAUAUGCCACAAUAUUCCUUCUAACCUGCCUCAGCAUUGACCGUUACGUGGCUAUAGUCCAUCCAGUGAGAUCACGACCAAGACGUACAUUGGUCUACUCCCGCAUCACCUGCAUCAUCAUCUGGGUCUUUGCUUUUGUACUGAGUGUGCCGACAAUGUGUUUCCGUGACGUCGUCUUAAUUGCCAACCCUAACAUAUCUGUGUGUGCUUUUUUAUACAAGGAUGCCAACUUGAAUAGAUUUCUGGUUGGGAUGGGCUUCGUCAAAAGCAUUUUGGGUUUCCUCAUUCCUUUUGUGAUCAUUAUCACCUGCUACUGUCUGAUUGGCAAGACCCUGCUGGGUGCCUACCAGGUCCAAAAAAGCAAGGCCCGAAAUGACGAAGUUCUGAAAAUGCUUGCCGCAAUAGUGGCUUCCUUUUUCAUUUGCUGGGUUCCGUAUCAGAUAUUUCACUUUAUGGACAUACUUGUUCAUUUGAAAGUAAUAAAGACAUGUAAGUUAAUUGACAUUGUUGACACAGCUUUGCCUUUUACAAUCUGCAUAGCGUAUUUUAACAGCUGUCUGAACCCCAUCCUUUAUGGGUUUGUGAAAAAACAUUUUAGAAGAAAAUUAUUACAGCUCCUAAAAUGUGCCUCCCCUUUAAAGGCCCAUCCAAGUCUAUCUACCAAAAUUAGUUCCAUUUCAUAUCGGGGAUCAGAAAAUUUGCAUUUAAAAGCUAACAAGUCCAUUACCUUGUGUGAUGAUAAAUAAGCACACAAACAACAUCAUAUUCUGUGCCAUUUAUAAAAGAUGGUUUUCUUAAAACAACAUAAUCUUAAAAUAACAUGUUAUUUUACAAUCUGGUCAUAAAAUUCCUUUAAAUUUUAGAUGAUGUUAAUCCAUCUUAAACCAUAUAAUUCAAUGUAGAUGGCUGAAAUGGUAUAAAACUACUAAUACCAUCUUAAGUACUGUAUUUUGCCUAGGCUAUCUUAUGUUUUAUGAUUAGGAUAUUAAGUCCACACUAUCUUAAAAUGAUUAAGGCCAUUCUGAAUGUAAGCUAAGUAAACUACCUUUUAUUCAGUUGUACAGUAGAUACUUCUAGUAUGAUGCUUAUGUUAGAGCGCAUAGCUAUAUGGCCAAAAGUUUUUCCAUCACCCUAUAAAAUUAACACAUUUUGCUUCAUAGAGUCGAAUGA